UGAAGAAGACGUGAAAUCGAUAUCGGAUAAUUUAAUCGUUAAAAAUCCAAAACCUAUUAACAUACACAUAGAGUUACCGAUUGUUAAAGAUGUUUCGAGUAUAGUGGCUCCUACAAAAGAAGUCGAAUCAAAACCUGAAAAGACAACAAUAAAUGCUAACGAUAGUAUAAUUGUUGAAAAUGAAGGUAAAGUAGAAAUUAAUACCGAAAUCGAAGCAGGCAAUAUGAAAAAAUGUCAAUCAGAUAUAAACGAAAAUGUGAUCAGUUCAGACGAAAGUAUACCCUGCGAAGUUCCUGUCAAGGAAGACAAUGGAACUGCACUUAUAUUAACACCUUUUAUAGAAAAAGGCCAAAUAGAUAAGGCUCGCGAUGCCAGUAAAGUAAACUCAAAAGUAUUUUUAGGAUUUGAUAGUUAUUCUGGUUUUAUAACGGUAAACAAAACGUAUAAUUCUAAUAUAUUCUUUUGGUAUUUCCCCGUGGAAAAUAAACCUGUAAAUGAAACUCCAUGGAUUAUCUGGCUCCAAGGAGGUCCUGGUGCAUCAAGUUUGACUGGACUUUUUGAUGAAAUAGGACCGUUUAAAAUAAGUCCAAUUGGAAUAUUAAAGAAAAAUCCGUAUACUUGGUUACAAAAUCAUUCGCUUGUAUUUAUUGAUAACCCUGUGGGCACUGGUUACAGCUUCACCGAGCACAAAGAAGGAUUUGUUGAGGAUAUGGCUACCUAUGGUGCCCAUUUACAUGAGGUUGUGUUGCAAUUUCUUCAGAUAUUUCCUGAAUUGAAGUCCGCCCCUCUUUAUAUUGCUGGAGAAUCGUAUGCUGGCAAAUAUGUCCCAGCACUCGGAAUCGAAAUUCAUAAACAUAAAAAUGAAUCUGGUUCUGACGUUAAUUUGCAGGGUUUAAUAAUAGGAAACGGCUACGUUGAUCCAAAGAUGAUAUCCGAAGUGACUCUUCCAUUCUACUACUUCGGAAUGCUCAAUAAAGAGCAGAUUAAAGUAGUGGAUCCAUUAAUAAAAUCCUUUCAAAAUGACAUAGCCAGAAACAACAGUAUAGCAGCGAAAAGUAAAUGGACCAAUGUCAUCACCGUCUUGUUAUUCUUAUCGCAUCAGAAGCAAGCCUAUAAUUUCUUAAAAGACGAAUUACAAGUAGGCCGCUACGUCAACUUCCUAAAACUAUCGGAAGUGAAGCGUGCGUUACACGUGGGGGACAUAAAGUUCUCAUACGUUAACAUGACUGUUAACACGAGAAUGUCGCCUGAUUUCUUGAGCAGUUCGAAAUACAUUUUUGAAGAGCUACUCGUUGAUUAUCGAGUUUUGGCAUAUUGCGGGCAGUUGGACUCGAUGUUGCCAUGCGUGUUUGCAUCUGAAAACUACCGCACUUGGAAAUGGAACGGUUCCUCUGAAUUUCUGGGAGCAACGCGAUAUCCUUAUAUCUAUAACAACAAGCUUGCAGGAUACCAUAAGACGGGCGGUCACCUCACGGAAGCAGUACUACGAGGCGCGGGUCACAUGGUGCCGGUGGAUGAACCUGCUCCCAUACAGAACUUAGUCGCACGCUGGACUCAUAACAAGCCUCUCAGCGAACGUUUUGGUCUUCUAGAAGGUUCCUUCGUCCAGGAGUUCGUCAAGAACAAUUCGAUGAUAUAUUUGUGAUUCUUGGGCCAUUUUUAUUAUUAUAAUAUUAUAUUUUAUUGUAA